UAAGAGACAUGAACUGUAACCUGAGACUGCUGAACACCAAAUUAGGACGGCUGAUAACAUUUUGCCAGUGGUUACAUACAAACUUGUACUGCCCAGUUUCUCCAGGUUAUGUAACAGACUGGCAGCUCCUCUUCUGCCCAGAGCUGGGACACUACGGUAACUGCUUGGUAUGCAGUCCUGCUUUUCCCUUCCUUGCCUGUGACCGGACUUUAAAAUCAGCUUUAGAGAAAAGUCUACCAGAUCAAUCCAAGGAGCUGAAUAUACUUCAAGAGGAACACGGCAAGCACAUGGACGCAGCUCUGCCUGAAUUCCAAGGGCUCUAAUAGACAGAAGAACUAGUUUUGCUCAGUACGGAUCCUCUGCCCCACGAUGGAAAUGACAGAGGCCAGCAUCCUCUUCCUCCGUGCCUGCCUCGCGCUGCUUGCCAUGCCCAUCUACCUACUUUCGUUCCUGGGCAUAUGGGAGCCUUUCUGUAAGAAGAUAUUUUUUCCUUUCUUCUUAGAGAAGAUUUGUGCAAUUCACGAAAGGAAAGCAAAGAAGCAGAAGCAGGAGCUAUUUCGUAAUUUACCUGACUUCACCAGCCCCUCAGGAGAGCUGAGGCUGUUGGAGAUCGGGACCGGCAACGGUGCUAACUUCCAGUUCUACCCACCAGGCUGCAAAGUCACAUGCACUGACAUAAACCCCAACUUCCAGCAAGGCCUUUUGAGAAGCAUGAACAAAAACCAGCAUGUCCACUACGAGCAAUUCCUAGUAGCUGCAGGAGAAGACCUGCGCCAGGUGCCCAGCGGUUCCGUGGAUGCCGUCAUCUGCACCUUGGUCCUCUGCUCCGUGCACAGCGUGAACGACACCCUGAAGGAGGUACUGCGAGUGCUCAGGCCAGGAGGCGCUUUCUAUUUCUUGGAGCACGUGGCUGCUGAUCGUUCCAGCUGGAAGUAUUUUUGGCAGCAGAUCUGCUAUCCGACUUGGAAACUCGUCUUUGCUGGGUGCUGCCUAACGAGAGAGAUAUGGAAGAAUCUCGAACAGGCCAACUUCUCGGAGCUGAGCUUACAACACACCAGCAUAGCGCUGCCCUGGACGCCCAUUCAGCCUCACAUCAUCGGGUUUGCUGUGAAGUAACUCACACCGCCCUGCCAGGCCUUCUCCCCUGCCCCACAGAAAUCCCUUGGCAUAAUUAACACAAACAGCACAGCACAGGCUAAUCCAGACGUCCAAAUCUAGGUAACGCGGUGAAGGACUUUAAUUUUGCUUCUGAUUCAAACAUCCAACGAGAAGAGAGGGUCAGUUUUUCUAAACACCGUUGGAGCCCUCGUGCUGCUGGCCGUGCCUCACCAGCGCCCAGCACAGCCUGCGAAGGAUCCCAGGAGGCCGCAGAAUGCGAAACAGCCCAGCAGGCAGAAGGAAAAAAAAAAGUAUUAACUCAAGGGAAGUUCUGCCUGUGUCUGGUUGACUCUGGGAAGAAAUUCCUCCAGGUGUUGGUGUUCCCCGCGCUGGGAGGAAGCCAGACAGCCGGGGCUCGGCGAGCCCUUGUGGGCCAGCGCUGGGCUCGGCCCGCUGCCCGCUCCCCACUCCCCUCUCCCCGGUUCACGUUCCGGCCUCCCGCAACCAGCAAACACGACCCGAGCGCUCUGCUCGGUCCCGAGCGUUCACGUAGAACAGACGGGUGUGAGGGGAGGGGACGGCGGCGCCCACCCCGCCUCCCCGCAUCGCAUUUACCGAAGUCUCUCACUCACUUGGCUGCCCGCCCCUGCGCAGUAAUGGGUUCUAACGCUGUUCGCCACCGGAGCAUUAAACGAUCCGUGUUUAACGU